AACAGUCAAAAUCGAAAAUCCUCCGGUCACACAACUCACACAAAAUCACAUCCAUCCUCCAGUAAAAAGUCGACGCAGUGAACUGAGUCACCCACUCCCCACUCUCCCCCACUCCCCAAGAAUGUUCGAUUUUAAACUACUCUCGUCUUUUUUCUAAAUUCUCUUUCUUCUUCUUCUUCUAGAUCCAGAAAACCUCCAUUGUUGAUUUUGACUUCUCUUCUUUCUCUCUCCUCUCUUCUCUAAAAUUCCGAUGAACCACAACGCUCGCCCGAGGUAUCCGCCGGGGAUCGGCAACGGUCGCGGCGGCGGUAGCGGUGGCGGUAAUUACGCGCAACAAAACCCUAAUUUUCAGAAUCGGCCGUCGUACCACAAUAAUCAGUACCACGACCAGCCACAGUAUGUGCAGAGACGCGCGCCGCAGCAGAAUUACCAGCAACACCAAAAUCAGUAUCAACAACAACAGCAACAACAUCAACAACAGCAACAACAACAACAACAGUGGAUGAUGCGACGUCCUGCUAAUACUUCUUCUGAUAAUGCUGGUUCAACUCAGUCUUCUUCUAAUCAAGUUGAGAAGUCUAAUCAAACGACUAAUGUGGAUUCGAGUGCCGAAGAUUGGAAGGCAAGUCUUAAGCUUCCACCGCCUGAUACUCGUUACCAGACAGAGGAUGUCACUGCUACAAAAGGAAAUGAAUUUGAGGAUUAUUUCUUGAAACGUGAACUACUUAUGGGAAUAUAUGAGAAGGGAUUUGAACGUCCUUCUCCAAUCCAGGAGGAAAGUAUCCCAAUUGCUUUGACAGGAAGUGAUAUUCUUGCCAGAGCUAAAAAUGGAACUGGAAAAACAGCUGCAUUUUGCAUCCCUGUGCUGGAAAAAAUUGACCAAGACAACAAUGUAAUUCAAGCUGUUAUACUUGUUCCCACUAGAGAGUUAGCCCUUCAAACAUCACAGGUUUGCAAAGAGCUCGGAAAACAUCUACAGAUCCAGGUCAUGGUCACAACAGGAGGGACAAGUUUGAAGGAUGAUAUCAUGCGUUUGUAUCAGCCAGUGCAUUUGCUAGUUGGAACACCAGGAAGAAUACUAGAUCUGGCAAAGAAGGGUAUAUGCAUUUUGAAGGACUGCUCCAUGCUUGUAAUGGAUGAGGCUGACAAACUGUUGUCUCCUGAAUUUCAACCUUCACUGGAGCAGUUGAUUCGUUUUCUUCCUGGAAAUAGGCAGGUUUUGAUGUUUUCAGCUACUUUUCCUGUAACUGUCAAGGACUUCAAAGAUAGAUAUCUAGAAAAGCCCUAUGUCAUCAACCUGAUGGAUGAGCUUACUCUCAAAGGUAUUACACAAUUUUAUGCUUUUGUUGAAGAAAGACAGAAGGUCCACUGCCUCAACACACUUUUCUCAAAGCUGCAAAUAAACCAGUCCAUUAUAUUUUGCAAUUCUGUGAAUCGGGUAGAAUUGUUGGCCAAGAAAAUUACAGAGCUUGGUUAUUCUUGCUUUUACAUCCAUGCUAAGAUGCUCCAGGACCAUCGAAACAGAGUAUUCCAUGAUUUCCGCAAUGGUGCCUGCAGGAAUCUUGUUUGCACAGAUUUGUUUACAAGGGGUAUAGACAUUCAAGCAGUAAAUGUUGUAAUCAAUUUUGAUUUCCCGAAAAACUCGGAAACCUAUCUGCACAGAGUUGGUCGUUCUGGAAGAUAUGGGCACCUUGGAUUGGCUGUUAACUUAAUCACAUAUGAGGACCGCUUUAACUUGUACAAGAUUGAACAAGAGCUUGGGACUGAAAUCAAGCAAAUUCCUCCACACAUAGAUCAGGGUAUCUACUGUCGGUAACAAUGUGUACUCUGUCAAAUGGUGAUGGGUGACGACAAAUAUCUGGUGGACUUAUUUUUGAGUCUGUUUCUGGUUCAAGAAUGAAUGCAGUGGAUAAAGAAGCUAGCAACUUUGUUUUACAUGAGGCAGUUGAAGACCUGUGCUGAUUCGUGAGAUGAUUUUUAGGGCCCUCCAUGGGCUCCCCUGAAACUUAUGAAGCCCGAAGUGCGUGAACACAAAUGUUUGACAAUCACAUAUCCGAGCAAUCAAAAAGGUUUCUGUAACUUUGCUGUUUUUCAUAUGCUUUACUCGCAUUUAACUGUAGACAACAACUCUUUUUUUUUUCAAAGUCAGUCAAAAAAGAAAAAAAAAAACACAAAAAAGCAAAAAAGAAAAAAAAAAGUAGGCAUCAACUCGCAUAGAAGCAAGAAGCAUUUAAUCUUAGUUACAUGUAGAGGCACUUGAAACUUGGGUUUCUUCCCUUUUUUUUAACCUUUAGAGUCUAGAUUAUGUAUUUAUAUCAUUGUUGCGUAUUAAUUGUGAGGAGGUGCAUUUUUAUGCGAGGAAUGUUCUUUUGUAGCAAACCGCAAGAACUUGUUUCCUUGAUCUGAGUUAAGGGGUCACUCUGGUGCAUCAGCCACCUGCUUUGCAAGGUUUUUGGCUCCAAGGUGAAGGUGAUGCCUCUUAGUGAUAUUACGCAAUUUCAAAUGGUUUCUCAUGUCUGAGAUGGGAUGUAGACUUGUGGUUCGAUUUCAUUGGUUAUAUGUGCAUCCGUCUACGCAAUUUACCAUCGUGACCUUACUUUCUCCGACUUUUGUUCGGAAGUUGUCAUCGAAUAGCAAUAAUUUUUUAUGAUGUUA